AGUCAGUCAGAGUUGCUCUUGCACUUUCUCCACAGUACAAAGCAGGAUAUUGUAUUGUGACUUUCUCUUUUUGCUAACUUUGCUUUGAUGUUGAUUGUUGAUGUUGAUGAAAACAACAAACUAUUAUUUUGAUUCAAAACCAAAAUAUUUGUUCCAAUUUAUUAACAAUGGAUUUAGCCAAAGUACCAAAUGAUCAAAAAUUAAAUUUAUGUAAAUCAUAUUAUAGAAUUGGGUUUUUUUUCUUGCCCUUUGUUUGGUUUGUAAAUGCAAUUUGGUUCUUCCGAGAAGCCUUCCAAAAACCAGAAUACCAAGAACAAAAGCACAUUAAGAAAUAUGUCAUUUAUUCAGCAAUCGGAUCUGCAGUAUGGUUUCUAAUACUCAUUGCGUGGGUAAUAACAUUCCAGUUGAAUAGAUUUAAGUGGGGAGAGUAUGCUGAUUACAUAUCCUUUAUUAUACCAGUUGGUUCACCUUAAAUUUAAACAAAAUGAUUAUUUUUAUUACCUUAUGUGUUAAAACUUGCAAAUAUUGUACUUUAACAAUUAAAGAAUUUUAACCAA